CAUUUUAACCACCCUGUACACUUUUCUUUUCAAUGCAACAGUCCACAGUUUUUCAUCUCGGUGACAUCCACGCUGAUAAUUUGUGUAACUUGCAUAAUUUCUAUUGUACGCAAUGAAUCUCUACAAAUCCAAGUACUUCUUAUGGAAGGAAUUUUUCCACCUUUGCUGGCGAACCAGCAACGGAAAAACCAUUCCAUUGGUCAGCUAGCAGCCAACAUCGUCAUGUCUUUCGAAAUAAUUUCAACGCUUCAUGUCCUGAUUGACUUCUUAAUUUCUUGGUGGAAGGCUCCCGACUUGGCAAAAUGGUUGAAUCAUUGGAACAUAAUUGAGACAGAAAUUAAAGAAUGGAUUGGAUUUGACAUCGCUAACAUAUUACCAGCUCGACACACGACCUACAAAUUUCAAUGUUAUUUAGCCAUAUUUUACGUUAUCAUGCCAGCCUUAAUUUUUGGUACACUGCUCGUUUCAUGGGAGUUUAACAUAAGUUAUCCAAUUUAUUGUGUCAUGCUAAUCGUGCAUGCUUAUGCAUCGAUGGUGUGCUAUUGUGCUGAGGAUGCAAAGGCAAUCAUUAUGUUCAAAUGCUUGGUGGAGGGGUUUGGAAAGAUCUAUGCUCACCUUGAAACCAAUCCGCAAGCACUUGAUGCACGAAAACUAGAGCACAUUUUAACCAAAAUUAGGUCACAAGCAUAUUACUGCGGGACGCACAUGGCGUUUCAGCAAUUGUUGCUCAUUUUAGCAACGAUAUAUUUUGCUGCAGGGUCAUUAUUUGCUACCGUCACUAUUUUAAGUGGUCCAGUUGGAGAUACGAAGGAUGAGCUGACCAUGAUCGCCGUGGUCAGCAUUAGCGCGAUACAAACAAUGGCGAGACUGUAUUUUAAAAUUCGAGUCGCUGUGGGGAUUACAAGGGAGGAGAGCCGAGUAUCAGAUAUGAUUAAAAAAAGAGAACUUGGAGAUCAGAGGGUUGCGGUUGAUCUUAGAAAUGUUCACGACAUGCUGACCAAUAACCCCACAGAAAUUUCCUUGAGUGAUUUUGUCAAAUUGAACAAUGAUUUGAUUUUGGGGGUGUUUCAACAAAUCUUCACACAGUUCAUCGUUUUAAUGCAGUUUCACAAAAUAAAGGAAGGGUAAAUGUUGUAAAUUUUAUAAUUUCAACCAUCUCACCUUUUUCGUGUUAACGUAUUACCUUAAUUUAUUUGUUUAUCUUAAUGGCAACAAAUAAAAAAAUGUAGUUAAAAAAACUAAAUCUCCAUGGAUUGAAUUGAAAAUUGAAGAUGUAAUGAAAAUGGAAGCCAAUUGAAACUUUAACGGUGAGACUAAUUUUCUAAUUAUAAGGACAUUUGGCGAGAGAAGGGCAAAGUCAACAAAUUCCCUGUUUUUAUUAGAAAUAUCAUUUCCAAAAAGUUAAGACGGUUACGAGAUUUUGUAAGCGUCGUAAGAUUUUGUCAUCGAAAAAAAUCACGAUCUUUACGAAGUCUGGCCCUUGUUUUUUUCUUCAUAAUCUAUUUUACGUUGCUAAGGAUACGAAGAAAUAAUGAAUCCUAUUUUUCAUCCUCAAGUGAAUGUGGAGGGCGCGUAUGCAAAUUUUUUGAAUCAUGUUAAUGUUUUGUUGUGUAACUAUUAAAUUUUAAAUCAUUUUUUCAGCUUUCUAUGAUCAUAAUACUACACCUAAAAAUUUCACAUUUUCUGAGCAACCUUAACUGGAAGUAUGGCGUCAACGCUACUAAUUUUCACGUGGAUUCUUUUAAAUCUUUUAACCUCAGAUGCAAGAUUCUGCUACAAGUGUUUGUCACUGGAUUGUCCUGGAGAUGAUAACGUUCUUUGUGAAGAUGUUCGAGCCUUUGUCAUGGCUCAACUUCGAGCAUAUUAUAAUUUUGAAUACCUACCACCUUGCCCAGACGACGAUAGUGGCAGCGAGUGGUUGGAAACAUGGCUGUACAGCACCCCAUGUAAACGUACUCGUAUGCCAUACGAAGUUUGUACAGCUGGAAAAAUUCGAGUCAGGUCAUCCAUUGGGAACUAUACGAUUACAUCGCAUGCUUCCGUUCUUGGCUGUGCAAAUGAAAAGUUGGUGACCUCAAUCAAGACGACGAUUAUGGAGAAUAAAUCUCAUUGCGACGUUAGUCCUAACCUGCAGGGGAGCAAAUCGGAUGCUGGGAUAUCUCGUACCAUGGUUUUGAAACACUGUAAUGAGCCCGGGGCCAUUUGCCAUGACGCGGAUUUUUGCGUCGACGUGAAACAUGGCGCUAUCAACAUUUGGAGCGAGGAAAAUGACCUCAUCGUGCCUGCUAGGGACUACGGAAUGAUGAUUGGAAUUAUCUCAGGCGUUUCUAUCCUUUUGAUUGUUCUGCUUGGAAUCAGCUUGUAUGCACUUGCACAUUUCAAGAAGAAACGGUCGAAAUUCGUGAUGAUUUAUAACGAUUGUUCUGGUCCCAUAGGAUAUCAGUGGUAAAAAUAUAUAUACAUAGGUCACAUGGGGACGCUAGAUAAGUUUGAUGAAAGAGCAACUUUAGAAUAUUUUCUGUAUUUGGUAAUUUGAAGUACAUCAACUUAUUGUUCGAAUAUUAUAUAACUAUUAAAUUGUUCUUAAUUGUUAUUCAUACUUGAUUAAUUAGGGUACGUCGGUACAAAUUUAUGUAAAACUUAUACACUUACAUAAAUAAGCAUUAUUAUACAAUUUAUGUAUGUUUUCUCUUCGUGUAAUCAGUCAAAGUUGUCAGAUUAUUGUAAUAAAAUCCAAUUCAUUAUGCAUCCAUUUUGUAUAUUUA